CUACUCGACAGACGAUAGGUACCUGGCGCAUGUGUUGGAAGCUGAACUUGCAACCUGAAUGGAAAUGGAAUGACCUAACUUAAGUUUUAGAAAAUCGUUUCGAACAGACUUUAUCAACAAUGUAUCGAGCUCCACGAUGUCCCAACUGCCGCCGAGAUUAUGCGGGGCCCCAUGUGCAAGGUGGGGCCCAUCAGCCGUUGAUCCUCAAGUGUGGGCACACAUUCUGUCAGGCAUGUUUAGCCAAGAUCUACAAGUAUCUCAAGCAUGAACUGGCCUGUCCACAGUGUAAGGUUUCAACUCCUUUACCAGCAGGUGAGGUGAGCUUCAAAGAACUCCCUCCUGAUUUCUAUGCACUGGGCAUAGCAGCUUGGACUUACACCAACAAAACUCCAGAUUUCUUCGCACACAAAGUUGAAUUCCAGACAAGGCAAGACAGAGAUGAAUUUAAAGGAAAGGCACUUAAAGGAGGUCGAGCUCUGUGUGAUGAAUGCAGCCAGGAGACAGCCUCCUGUAGAUGCGAGCAGUGCGACGAGGACCUCUGUGAAAAAUGCUGGAGCAAGCUGCACAAAAACAACUCCAAGAGCAAGAACCCACACCACAGGAUCCAAAUACAGAUAGGAGUAUAUGGGUGUGAAGAGCACGACAACAUGCCAAGAGAGUUCUACUGUAAAGACGAUGACAAGCCUAUCUGUGCGUACUGCGGGCUGACGGGAGAUCACAAAGGUCAUACGAUCAUACCCAUUGCACAACAGAAUGUUGAAGUGCAAGACUUGCUGAAGCCUGCAUUUGAUACAGCCAAGGAUGUCCUCAAGAAAUUGUAUUACUCCAACGUGGACGUUGAUAAGGCUAUGAACAAGGUGAAGAGAGAGUCCAGCCCAGCUGCGAAUGCCAUCAGAAUGAGAUUCUCACACCUACAUGCUAUGCUGCAAAGGAGGGAAACCAUGUUGCUCCAAGAGCUCAACGCCAACGAAUCUGACAGACUCGACCAUCUCGGUCAAAUGGAACGAAGUCUUAAAAACAACAUUAGCAGACUGGAGACAGUCAUGUCUGACGUAGCACAGUCGCUGAAGGGGACGUCGAAUGCAACCCCCAACAUGACGGAGAUGAUCAGUAUACUCAACUCAGCCUCGGAGCUGCCAUGUUAUGUGAUCCAAGAUGGCGUCCAGGAUGAACCAAUCGCAUUCCAGUCUGACGAUGAGAUCAUUCAACACGUCAUGACACAUGGGUCAGUCGAUAGUUCCGGCAGAUUGAGCUGGGACCUGAAGACGCAGGAUGAUCUACCUGACAAUUAUGUGCAACCCAAAAUUGCAGAUACAAUUCUUAGCAACUCAAAGCUUUUCUCAGUCACCGCUGCUGGCAAGAGUGAAUUAAAAAGUCCAAGUGGUAAGGGUAGGGGAGACCAAAAGAAGACUCCCAACCCCAAGAACCAUGUCUCAUCUCAGAACGGAACCGCAGCUCAGGCUCAACAGCAGUCCGCACCAGCCAAGAAACGGGGCCAACAACAGCAGCAGCACCAACCUGCAGCUCCCAGGAAAGCAUCGUCACAGGCUGCAUCAAAGAUUAUCGCUUCUUGUUCAUCAGCUUCUCAAAAUCUGGUCCAUGUGGUCCACAUUAGAUCACCGGCCCGCUUCUACAUCCAACGGAAAGCAGACCGCCCUCGAUUGGACAGGAUGAUGAAGGUGCUGUACAAGCUGUGUGAAAGCGAGGACAAGAAGAAAAGGAUGCCAGACCCACUAGUUGUCGGGCUCCGCUGCUGCUGUAAGUUCUCUGCAGAUAGCCAAUGGUACCGUGCAAUCAUCAAGACCAUCCCAGAAUCCCUUCAGAACGGAGGACAGGGGACUCUCGACCCUGAUGACAAGGGAGAUGAGGAGAAAGAGCCCAAGGUAGAGGUCGGCUACAUCGAUUAUGGCAAUACAGAAUGGGUGCCGAUAUCCAGAUUAUGCAAGAUCCGUCCCAAGUAUGAGCGUGAACCAGACAUCGCUAUCUGCUGUUCAUUGGUCGACAUUGUGUCAACACAGAAGGAUGGAAGGUGGCCUAGAGAAGCUUCUGAAGCCUUUCAAGCCAUGGUAGAGGGGCAGGAGGCAGUCCUGAUGAGCCAUAGAGGGCAGGUUGGUAAUGUGUUGUACGUAGACCUCCACCAGCAACCAAACGAUGAUAUCAAAGAUGAUAUGCCCAUCUCGCUGAGGGAUGCCCUAGUCUUUCUGGAACUCGCUUGCUUCAUAUCGCCAGAGUCUGUGCCUAAGCCUCAAGCCAUAGUGCCUCCCAAGAGGUACCUGCCACCCACUGUACCUAGCAAGGGAGACGACUUUGUGGUGCAAGUCAGCCACAUCACAGAUCCACAAUGCUUCUCGGUUCAAGAUAUGGAGAUUGUUGACUACCUGAAUGAGAUGAUGGAGAAGAUUCAGGUAGACUAUGCCAAGAGGAUUGGACCCGAAUGGCAGGUCUUCUGCCCUCAUCCUGGUCUGGUCUGCAUGGCUUUCUUCCAAGAAGACCAGAGGUGGUACAGAGGAGAAGUCCUUAGAGCGGCAGGGAAGCAGCAAGUGGAGGUCCUGUAUGUUGACUACGGUAACACAGCAACCAUACACUACACCCAACUCAAGAAGAUGACGGAUGACUUCCUCAAGCUCUACAGACUGUCUUUACCAUGUGGCUUGGUGGACGUUGCACCCAAAGACAAAGAGAUAGGCUGGACAGACGAGUCUAAGUUAGUCUUCUCUCAGUGUGUGAGCUUCAAGCCAUUAGAUGUCUCCGUCAUGGAUGUGAAGGAGGGAGUGAUCCGAGUGAUAGCCUACGAUGAGGUCGAAGGUCAACGGGUCAGUGUGAACGCUCUCCUCGUCCAGAGAGGCCUUGCGGAAACAACAGGUCCAGGCUCCGUCAGUGCAGAAAUCCUCAGAGGACUUUCUCCCAAGCCAACACCCAUCUUGCCAGACACCACCACCACGCAAUCAGAAGAGGCCACACACAAUGUUGAUUCCAGCGGGGACAAGAUCACCCGUGAACCAGUAUCCUCCACAACCGAUGGAACCCCUCUGAAAUCACCCGAACCCGUGCAGCAGGUGCCUUCGACAGAGGCAGCGCAAGAGACCAAGCCAGCCAGAAUCACUCCAACCGCAGGGAGGUCGUCCAGAGGCUCUUCGGUGACCAUAGGAUGUAGCAGGUCUCAGGGUCAGUCUUCGCAGCUCUCGGGGAAGUACAGCGCCUACACGGCGGUUCAUGUGAGCCACGCUGAAGCGCCCUCUUGCAUCUAUGUCCAACUUUCCGCCGCUGGCAAAGAUGGAUUAGACAGUUUACUGGAGUCUAUGACACUAUUCUACAAGGAGCAGGCAGAGUGUGAGAAGACGGACUGGAAGGAAGGGGAGAUCUGUGGUGCUUUGUUAGUCAGGGAAGGGGUUUGGUGUCGAGGAAAGAUACAAUGUAUGCUUCCUGAUAAUAAUGCCGUGGUUCUAUUCACCGACUACGGUAACGAAGAAGUGGUUUCCAUCGCCAACAUCCGUGCCCUUGACGAGCGGUUUCAGAAGGAAGCUCCCUUCGCCAUCCGAUGUCACCUGGUGGACAUCCUUCCUGCGGGAGGCACGGCAGAGUGGACCAAGACGUCCUGUGACUUCUUGGAAGAAAGGCUGAACGAUCUUGAGUGCUACAUCUGUAAAAAGGGUGACAUUGAGAAGAAUUCUCUCCCGAUAGACCUUCUCUAUGAGCUGACUAAUAAAGAGAGAGUAGCGAGAGAGUCUGCAGAAGAUUUAGCAAGCAUCGCGGAGCUCCUUGUUCAGAAAGGCUUAGCGCUAAGAAAGAGGCGAAAGGUGUCAACUCCAGAAGUUCACAAGAAUAUUGCAACUCCUCAUGUUACAGCCAAAACACCGCCAUCCUACCACCCUACCACCACCACCACCACCACCACCACUUUGAGUCCCAAAACAAACUCUGACCCUGUCACACCCCAAAGCAGUGGUGUAAGCUCCCUCAAUACCACCGCCUCUCCCACCUCCCUGGACGGCCCCACCACGCCCGAUGAAGGGUGUCCCGCGAUGCCCGCCGACUCUGCGCUGCUCCUGGAUGAAUAUGAGAACUUUGAGGGGACCGGAAUCCAGGAGAUACUCCCCCAGUAUCCAGCCCCGCCCUUGCCGACGCUCUCCCAGCUACAGCUGAUCAUCACCUUUGUGAGCGACAAUGCAAUCAUCUAUGGACUAGAUGUGGAUAGAUUUGAAGAUUUUCAGCAGAUGAUGGCUGCCCAGCAAGUAGCCUGUAACAGCCAGAAGCGUAGUCCUCCAGACCCCAGCUCCCUCUCCCUCUGCCAAUGCGUGUGUGCUAGAUUCACCCUGGAUGAACAGUGGUACAGGGCAAAGAUCAUCGGUAUCACCGAAGACACUGUUCGGGUAAAGUAUGUUGACUUUGGAAACUCAGAAUCACUGCCUUUUGAUCGAAUCAACCCAACACCGUUCCAGCUCAAUGUACCCCAAUACAGCAGGGAAUGUGUCCUCUAUGGAAUACAGCCGAAGUCACCAAGUAAAAUCUGGUCAGCCAGUGCCAUUUCCUUUCUCCUGGAGACAUUAGUAGAGAAGACUUGUGUGGCUCAUAUCAAGGCUAUUUGCUUGAAAGAUGAACCGUUAACGGUUGAGUUGACCCUACCUACCGGCGAGAGUGUCGUGAGACUGAUGCUGAGUAAUGGGCUUGUGGAGUUUCUCGCGGACUGCGACGACUUGGAUGAAGGGGGACUGGAUGACGCAAGCACCAUCACAGACGGGACGUCCACACCAGCGUUCAGUCGAGCCAUAAGUGAAGAUGGAGAAGAUGUCACGCACUACAACUCUGAAAUCCCUCGCUCCGUCGUUAACGUUCUGCAGGGCGUGGCCGAGGCGGGUGAGACGGAAGAGGUGAUGGCGAUACCGGGUCACACGUUCAAUCCCAUCAUGCUCCCUGAUGUCGGGGUUUACUUCUGGGUCACAGUCAGCCAUCUGGAUGAACCAGACUUGCUGUACAUCCAGUACACCCAAACUACCAUGAACGAUCCUGACCCCACCAUCGCCCUCGCUGCACAACAAGCUUUCAGUUCAGAGGCCCUCGUCGCCCAGCUAGCCAGUAUGGCCCCUAACCUUCCUUUCCUACUCAACCCACAACCGGAUAUGCCAUGUUGUGCCCAGUACAGUGUGGAUGAGAGGUGGUAUAGAGCUGAGAUAACUGAGGUGGUCAGGAAAGAUAUUAUCAUGUGUCACAUUAGGUUCAUCGACUAUGGUACGGUGGAAUGGCUGUCAUUGAACAGCAUUCGGCAGCUCCCUGUGCAUUUCCUGGAGCUGCCUCUGCAGUGCCGCCUGUGCCGUCUUACCGGUAUCCAAGCCCCUGCAGACCUACCACCUAACACACCACUGCAGGCAGGUACCCAGUGGCCAGCAGCUGCCAUUAAGAGAGUUGUGGAGAUGGUGUCCAACAAAGUUCUGGUCGCAGCUGUAGAGGAGGAUGGUCCGAUACCAAUGAUCAGUCUCUAUCAGGAUACCACCCAGACACUUCCAAUUUACUACCCCCUCGUAGAAGAAGGCUUAGCCGACACCCCUGCAAACUCUGAAGAGCAGCUUGUCACCGCGGCCUUCAAGGAGGUAGGGCGCAUCCUGUCCGCGGGGGAGAGGACAGGGGCAGAGGAGACCAAGGCUGAAGGGGUCGGAUCGGAGGAGGUCGGCGGCAAGUGUGAGGUUCUGUCCGAGGAACCCAAGAUGGUUCCCUCAGGGAUGGAAGAAUGAUGGUAUAAACUGAACUUUUUUGGAGGAAAGGGAGAAUCCAUUCUUUGCCUAGAUACAACUCAUCAGGAUUCAGGAUUUCUUGCGGUAGAUGCAUUCUACAGGACUAUCAUAUUUGCCGAGAGACCAGAAAGGCUGAAACUCUAUGUUAUAUGAUUUAAUUCCAUUCUGACACCUAGCAUGCAGUAUAUGGUGUAUUUGUUGAGAAUAAAAGUGAUGUCCAAAUUUUUCUUGUUCAUAUGCAGCUAAUUGUAAAUUACAUGUAUUUCUAUUAUAUGUCUUUAUCUUUUUCCUGUCUCUUCCCAAUUGUCUUUCUUCUCUCUCUCUCUCUCUCUCUCUCUCUCUCUGUUUCUUUCUCUCUCUCUCUCCCUCUCUUUAUUUAUCUUUCUGACUUUUCUUUCACUGUGCUUUUCUCUUUGCCUUUUGUUUUCUUCCCAUGUAGUCUGUCUUUCUAUUUUUUUUAUUUUCAAAAAUCUUUUUGUCUACCAUUACAUCAAUCUCUGUUCCUUUAGUUUUUCUCUCCCAGCUUUGUUACCACUGUACUUAUCGGUUUUGGUUUGUUUGGUUGGUUAUUUUGAGACGGUCAUCAUAAACAUUGACAGUCUGUAAACAUACUUGUUUCGUGCCAUUGGUGACAUCAUGAUUGUGUUAUUCACUCUAAGAGUAAGGUCUACAAGUUAUGUGUGUUUUGACGUCAGCAUGGUAUACAAAAGAACUUCAUAUUCACAUGAUUUCAUGAAUGGCUUGGUUGAAUAUCUUGUUCAUAAUAAAGUUACUUUCAAACAAGAAUAGUUUGUAAUGCUGAUGUGAAUGUAAGAUCACCUUAUUUUUCAUGUUAACAAACAAGGUUGCCAAUUCCACAAGAUCACCUCCGAACAGAAUUGCCUUUUUGCAUCAUCCAUUCCUUCCAAGUCCAAGCUAUUAAAGUUCAUACAAUAACAACUACAUCAGGGGUGCUAUAAAAUGGGCUGCAAUCUUGUAGUUUGAUACCACCACGACAUGGCACAACAUAAUUAUUUCAGAUCCAAUAGUAUGGUAAUAUGACACAAUCAUCUCGCAUGAGUAAAUGAGAAUAUAAAAACAUGUAAAAACUUCUGUAAUUCAAGUUUAAGCACUGAUGUCUCUCUUGUUAGUAUAUUAUCAUACCUGAUGUUGAUAUCAUUGAAAAACCUGUUCAUCCCCAUUUACAAUGAUGCCCCAUUUUAAUGAUUAUGUAAUCUUGGAAUAUCAAUGUUUCAAAAUGCAUUGUUAUUGUCAAUAGUAAAUCUCCAUUUGUUUGUAGGAUGUAGUGUGUCUCUGAAGGAAUAACGAUGCCUUUUUUUUCAAUGAGUAUUAUAUGUUUUGCUGCUUCACUCUCGAGGUUUAUGAGACAAGUAGGGAUGUCUUUAUCUCUGCUGAGAGCCAGAUUGUCAGUUCCUUUACUUCUGUACAGACGCAAUACCCAUUUGACUCUCCAUAAACGACAUCUUAAAAACAGCUAUUGAGCUAUUUAAUUCAUUGUAUGUUUUGAGAAAGCCAUGAUUUUAAACCUUAUACAUGUUACCACCAUGCCAAAGUUAUUGAAGGAAAGGAUGUUUCAUUGCAAUUGAUAUUUUUUGAAAAUCAAGAGUUAAACCCUCGAAAACAGUAUUAAGUACAUGUAGUUUAUAUGCCAAAUGUGAAGAUAGACAAAAUAAGUGUGUUUAUCAAUUUUUGUUGCUUCGUCUCUUUCUUUCAAAGUCGAGUUUAUCUUGCAUUACCAGGGUGUGCCUAAUUUUAUUUGUAUUGUCUUAAGCUAAAUGUGAAUAUUGAUGAAUGUACGAAAGGACUUGUUUUGCUAUUACCUAAAGAAAAACAUACUAGCAAGUUUAAAAGAAGUUGUGUUCUGAUUAAAUGAUUAUUUCAACAGUAUUAUGAAGAGAGUUGUGGAGGAGGAUACAAAAUCAAAAUGUUUUUUUUUUUUACAGUGAACGCAUUUAUAUAAAACUGUUAUGAUCCAGAGAUAUGGAUUUCAAUAUUUAUCUUUGUGUUUUUAAAAGCGUAUUGUUUCAGAAUAUAUAUGAGGAUAUGUUUGUUUAAAACACUGUUUUCCAUACUAUGUCAAAGGCUACUUAUUUUGUGCGAGCCACAAGUUGUUGGCCUAUGUAAAGAGAAAAAAUAAUUAAACAGUGUUUCACUUGAGAACUGAGUUAA